AUGCACUCAAACCAAAAGGGAAGCCCCAAUUCAAUAGCCAAAGAAAACCGAAGUUACCAUGUCCUGAUUGUAAAUAUUGUGGCAGGGCGACAUGAGCAUAAGAAAGAAAAAUGUCCAGCCUACAAUAAAACGUGCAAUAACUGCUCAAUGAAACAUCACUUUAGUUCUGUUUGUCAGCAACCAAAAAGACAAGAAAGAGGGCCAAAGACAAUACAAACUGGCAGAUCUAAAACACACCAAGUUCAUGAGGAAACUGAUCAGUCCACUGAUGAUGAGAUUUGGUCAAUUACAGAACGAGUAAGUACAGUCCCGGGGAGGAAUUGUGUAUGUGCAGGUAUACAAUUGGGCGACCAGAUAAUACAGAUGCAAAUUGACACUGGUGCAACAUGCAAUGUAUUACAGCAUUCCUAUUUGCCUAACGAUGUCAAGGUCCAGCCAACCAAUAGAAAUUUAUUUACCUAUUCUGAGUCAAAGCUUGAAGUACUAGGCAAGGCAAUGUUGAACAUUAGUAACCCAAAGAACAAUUGUAAGUACUUUGAAGAAUUUUUGAUUGUUAAAGAUGGGUCCAUUCCCCUGUUAGGAGUUAAAACAGCUCAAAAGAUGGAACUGUUAGUCAUUCGACACCAAAAUAUCUUACAUAUGGAUUGUAGUAAUGCAGUAACAUCUCGGGAGCAGCAGAGAUUAAGUAAAGAGGAUGUAUUGUCAAAGUAUGCAGAUCUAUUUACAGGUUUGGGUAAGAUUGAAGGCAAACUUCAUCUAGACGUGGAUGAAACAGUGACUCCAGUUGUGAUGCCACCUCGCCGUGUCCCAAUUGCUGUGAAACCCAAGUUAAAAGAAGAGCUUGAUCGCCUUGAAGCCCUUAAUGUCUUAGUGAAAGAAGAGAAACCAACAGCAUGGGUGUCUGGGUUUGUAGCAUCUGCAAAGCCAAAUGGAAAAGUAAGGGUAUGUAUUGACCCACAGCAUCUAAAUACCGCACUGAAGCGUAGACAUUAUCCCCUUCCAGUUGUUGAGGAGAUACUCCCAGAGUUAGACAAAGCAAAGUUUUUCACAAAGGCUGAUCUCAAAGAUGGGUAUCUACAGAUCCAGUUGGAUGAAGAUUCUAGCAAGCUUACUACGUUUCAGACACCAUGGGGUAGGUAUUGCUGGCUCCGCAUGCCCUAUGGAAUUUGCCCAGCUUCCGAGUGCUUUCAGCAGCAGCUUGAUCAAUGCCUUGAAGGAUUGCCAGGGGUGUAUAAGAUAGCUGAUGAUUUACUCAUCAUCGGAAAGGGAAACACCGAUGAAGAGGAAGAGUGUGACCACGACCAACAUCUGACAAUGCUGUUUGAACGAUGUCGAGCAAAGAAUGUCAAGUUAAACAAGGAUAAGCUGAUUUUCAAAUCCAGGGAAGUGUCCUUUAUUGGCCACCUAAUCACAAGAGAAGGGUUGAAACCAGAUCCUAGAAAAGUGGAAGCGAUCCAGAAAAUGAAGCGACCGAAUGAUGUUCCAGCAGUAUUGCGAUUCCUUGGUCUUGUGAAGUACCUGUCAAAAUUCCUGAACGAUUUAUCUGGAAUGAGCGAGCCUUAG